AUGGAAACUGCUGAUUUCUACUACGUUUAUUACUUAGCUCAAGAUUACCUGCAGUAUGUGCUUCAGGAGUCACAUCUUGGACCAGCCCAAACCAGAGUUGCUCAUGUCUUGCGAAACAUUGCAUCUUCACUGCAAGAUCAAACCGAGGAGGCUCUCAGACCAUUCCUGGACAGAAUUGACAUUACCUCUGUAGCUGUUGCCAAGAGAAUUUUUAAUGGUGUCAUGGAAGAAAAGUUUGCUGAUGGAAAUACUAACUGGGGACGAAUUAUGACCAUAUUUACAUUUGGAGGUCUUCUCACUAAGAAGCUUCAAGAGCAUGGAGUUCAGCUCACUGGAGAGGAAAAGGAGCAGAUUUCUUAUUUCAUCACAGAGUACAUAAUAAACAAUAAAGCCGAAUGGAUAGAUGCAAACGGUGGCUGGGAAAAUGGCUUCCUAACGAAGUUUGAAAGAAGAUCACGACUGUCCUUCUCCAAAAUAACAGCCAUAUUCAUAGCUGUUUUUACCUUGUUCAGAGAGUACUACUGA